AUGAAGCUAAUCUGCCAAGUUCUGUGCCUAUUGCUCGUGUUGCUGUGCUCUACGCACUGCGCCGCCGCAAAUGAGGGCGAACUGUCCGUGCGAGAUUUCUUGUCGAAGGCCCCCGACCUACCAGUGAGGCUGCCGACGGAGGAGGACUUUGAGAGGGCCGAGGUCCUCGCCAAGUGGCUUGCCAAAAAUGCCAAGGACAAGGUGGAGGUGAUCGAAAAGAAUAUCACGAAGACCAAGAAAGAAGUGGAGCUUCACGUUGGUUUUGACGGCGUCGCUGGGGACUUCGCGUUGCCUCUGGGCCCUCUGCUGUCAAUGGCGUUGCUUGCUUUUGCGCUCGCGGUUUGA